AUGGAGCGCGGGCUGCACCUCGGCGCAGCCGCCUCGGGCGAAGACGACCUCUUUCUGCACAAGAGCCUGAGCGCCUCCACCGCAAAGCGCUUGGAGGCGGCUUUCCGCUCCACGCCCCCGGGCAUGGACCUGUCCCUGGCGCCGCCGCCCCGGGAGCGCCCGGCGUCGUCCUCCUCCUCGCCCCUGGGCUGCUUCGAGCCGGCUGACCCCGAGGGGGCAGGGCUGCUGCUGCCACCGCCUGGGGGAGGCGGCGGCGGCGCGGGAGGCGGCGGCGGCGGCGGCGGCGGGGUGGGCGUCCCCGGGCUGCUCGUGGGCUCUGCCGGCGUUGGGGGCGACCCUAGCCUGAGCAGUCUGCCGGCCGGGGCCGCCCUGUGCCUCAAAUACGGCGAGAGUGCGAGCCGCGGCUCGGUGGCCGAGAGCAGCGGCGGCGAGCAGAGCCCCGACGACGACAGCGACGGCCGCUGCGAGCUGGUGCUGCGGGCCGGAGGCGCCGACCCGCGGGCCUCCCCGGGCGCGGGAGGCGGCGGCGCCAAGGCGGCCGAGGGCUGCUCCAACGCCCACCUCCACGGCGGCGCCAGCGCCCCCUCGGGGGGCCCCGGCGGCGGCGGCGGCGGCAGCGGCGGGGGUAGCAGCGGCGGCGGCGGCGGCAGCGGCGGCAGCGGCGGCGGCAGCAGCAGCAGCAAGAAAUCCAAAGAGCAAAAGGCGCUGCGGCUCAACAUCAACGCCCGGGAGCGCCGGCGGAUGCACGACCUGAACGACGCGCUGGACGAGCUGCGCGCGGUCAUCCCCUACGCGCACAGCCCCUCGGUGCGGAAGCUCUCCAAGAUCGCCACGCUGCUGCUCGCCAAGAACUACAUCCUCAUGCAGGCGCAGGCCCUGGAGGAGAUGCGGCGCCUCGUCGCCUACCUCAACCAGGGCCAGGCCAUCUCGGCCGCCUCGCUGCCCAGCUCCGCGGCGGCGGCGGCGGCUGCCGCUGCCCUGCACCCGGCGCUCGGCGCCUACGAGCAGGCUGCCGGCUACCCGUUCAGCGCCGGGUUGCCCCCGGCCGCCUCCUGUCCGGAGAAGUGCGCCCUGUUUAACAGCGUCUCCUCCAGCCUCUGCAAACAGUGCACGGAGAAGCCUUAA